AUGUGGUUGGAACAGGUCGGAAAGACCAAACAACAAUUAAACAACAAGAAGAAUAACUCAAUCCAUAAACCAUCCAUUCAAUCCAUCAAUUGUUCUCAUGAUGAAAAUAAUAGUACUCAAAACUCUUCUCACACUUGUUCCGAAAGUACUUUAUGUUUGCUUUGUAAAAAACCUGUAGAUGAUUCUCUAGAGACCAUUAGUGUGGGUAUGAGAGGUGUUCAUGAUCUACAGAAAUUCCUUCCCUAUCAUCCCAACAAACAAUAUUUACUCGAGCAGGAAGAAAGGCUUUCCUAUUCCGAGUUUUUACAUAGCCUAUCUCAAAAGAAAUUAUAUGUUCAUUUGGAUUGUUACUCACCGUACACGGUACGGCCCUAUCAAAUUAUGUUUGAAACGAGUCUAUUGAAUGAUCAGAAUCCUGAUGAAGAAUGGAUGGGUGAAUUUUCCAAUGUCUUGUAUAAACGAAUUUCUCGGAUGCAACAAUUGUAUCGGAAAGUGAACGGAAAGAAGAGAAGUAAACAGAAGGAGGAGGAUGAACAUGCAGAGGAGGAGGAGGAUGAAGAUGAUGAAAAUUCCUCUCAUAAAAAGGUCAAGGUUGAUUCUCUUCAAAAGACUUAUGUGAAAAAGAAAUCACCUCGAAAAAGUGGUAGCAAAGACUCUCAAGCUUCACAAUCAGCAUCUUCUUCUAGUCUAGAUACAUCUCAAUCACUGCAAUGGGUUCAGAGUCUGAGGGAUUCUAUGGAAAGUUUCUCAUCGCCAUACUUGUUUGGAUUAUCGGAUGAAAUUUGGAAUGAAAUAUUGAGCUAUUUGACUUUUCCCAAAUUACUCUCGUUAAAUAAGGUAUCGAAAUGCUUUUAUUACUAUUCCACUCAGUCCACCUUAUGGAAAGAGCAAUGUAUUCAAGCAUUGUGUCCGAACGCCAUUCAAGUUCAAGAACAAUAUUUUCCUCAUUGGAGUAACGAUUUUAAAAAGGUGUUCCAAUUACUUUAUGGUAAUUGUUGCAUUAUUUGUGGCGAAUAUAUGAGAUUGGAUGAACAAUUGUAUCAGAGCACGUCUCUCUCUGCAUCCAUGGGUAGUAUCCUAGUUUCGAAAUAUCCACUCUAUUACAAUCAUUUAUUGGAUGGUUGUGUAUGUACAGCAUGUUCUGGCUCUUCACUCGCUGAAAAUAUUACCAAAACCAAUGCCAAGAAGAAGUAUAGUGUGAAUGAUGAAGACUUGAAUCUAAUUCGAUGCCUUCGAAGUCCUAACCCAUGGCAUCCAAGUACAGCCAUGUGUGUUUAUUCGGACUUGCAGCUUCAAGUAUUGCAGAGUCGAAAGAAUGAAGAGGCCAUCAUUGAGAAUUGUCACAAGUCAAAGAAUCACUCGAAGCAAAACUUGUUCCAAUUAAUACGAAAUGCACGAAAUGGCAAGUAUGGAAAGAAUUGCAAACUUUACGCCUAUCUCACUUCAAACAAAGCAAAUGCUAAAACAGCAUUUCGUGACAUUUUUGCAUACAUUGAUACUCUUGAGAUUUAG